AUGCCUUCACGUCCUGUGCCCGACACCUUUGAACCCGAUCAACCGCGGUCUCAGCCGCUGCAGUCUUUUGAAGAACUAAAGAACUGGCAACCGGGCAAAAACGAUGCGUUCAACGUUGCAACAGUGCCAUUACAACCUCGUGUAAAUCAGUCCGGACCCCGAUUGCUCGUGGCUCACGAUAUGGCUGGAGGCUACAAGGAAGACUUGUACAUUCAAGGCAGUAACUAUCAAACUAUAUACAACAGUCAAUAUUUGCACUAUGUCGAUACCUUUAUCUAUUUCUCUCACAGUCGUGUGGCUAUCCCUCCCGUCAACUGGACUAAUACGUGUCACCGAAACGGGGUCAAGAUGCUGGGCACCCUAAUUGUGGAAGGCGACGCCGAAUCUGAACUUGAGAAGUUGCUGCACGGCCCGCCCGCACUUUUCGAAGACGCGGAUGAUCCGAUGCGUUUAUGGAGUCCUUUUUUCGCAGACAAACUGGUGGAAGUGGCUAAAUACUACAAGUUUGAUGGGUGGCUCAUGAAUAUUGAAGUGCCCUUUUAUAUGUUGCCUACGCCGCCACCUUGUAAAUCGCGGGAUUUUGUGCUAUUCAUUCAAUACUUCACCGAAAAAAUGCAUGCAGAGAUUCCGGGAUCGGUGGUCUUGUGGUACGAUAGUUUGACCAUGGUCGGAGAGGUGGACUGGCAAAACCGAUUGACCCCUCUGAACGAACCCUUCUUCGAAGCUUGCGAUGGUAUAUUUUUGAAUUACUGGUGGAAGGAGUCGUAUCCGGAUGAAUCGGUCCGGCUGGCGGAACGUAGAGGUCGCAAUGGAGCGGAUGUGUAUUUCGGUACGGAUGUGUGGGGACGGCAUACAUUUGGCGGAGGCGGAUUCCGUUCAGCCAAUGCUGUUGAAGUUGCCAGCCUUGCCGGUACAUCAUCGGCUCUGUUUGCCCCAGCAUGGACAUACGAGUUCUUUGAAAAACAGCAGUUCGACAAAUUGGAGGAAUUAUUUUGGUUGGGUGGCCCGCAAGACGCCUAUCCAGAAGAACCCAAAAAGCCAGAGAAGCCCGAAAAACCGGAGGAUCCUCCGUCGCCAAAGCCUGAUGAAAAAAUGUAUGGAUCUGAUAGGAAAAAAGGCAUCGCUGAAGCUUUUGGUGUGACCGCACGUAUUCCUCAAGGAACGUCUUUCGCUACGUGGUUUGAUCGAGGCUACGGUAGCGCUUUUUACCUGAACGGAAAUCAAGUUAUGGCAUCACCGUGGUCACAGUUGUCGCAUCAAGGCAUUCUUCCAAACGUCAACUACCGAACACCGUUUGCCGAUAAGGAGUCCAGUACAGCUUUAGGAUGUUCCAUGAGCGAUACUGACGCGUACAUCGGUGGCACCUGUUUAUUGUUGCGCUUAACGAGGGAUCUUGCCCAACCGGGCCAAUAUCCACAUGAUGGUACCAUUCAUUAUAACAUCCCAUUGUAUCAAUUGGCAAUCGAUAUCAGUGAAGGAUGCUCCAUCCAGCUGAUUUACAAACCAUUGGCACAAAGCAAUAGUUUGAAAAUUCAGCCAUACUGCGAAUUCUCGCUAGAUGGCCUCAGUUUCCAAGCAAACGAAUCUCAGUGGCAGAAAGAGUCGAUUACGGUCGAUAACGGAUGGACGGUACUAACCAUCAAUCUGUCCCGGCCGGCCUUAUCCGGUGCAGCGACCCGGUUGACGGUAAAACACUUGGGUCUCAGCGUAGCCUUUGAUACAAGCGAAUUGAAAGAAUCCGGUCUCGAUCUGAUGCGAAUUGGUUACUUGGGUGUGGCUCCACUGUCCAAGCAAGAACAUCUCAACGUACUAACGAAUUUACGUUGGGAAGAGGUCCGUUGGCAAGACGCAUCUCACUUUUCGGGAACCAUUGCAUGGGACACCCUUUUCACCGCCGAUACGGACAACAACCUACCAGGAAUUGGCUUUGUAGCUAUUUAUUAUGGAGUAAACCGGUUUUUCUUGGGAACCGCAUUUACUAGCAUGUAUCGACUAUCGGGCAUGGAAAUCGAUGCCUCCACGCAGUCCAAUGUCUACAUAGAAGCAUACGAUGUACUGGGCAAGGUUAUUGCUACUGAAACCUUGAUGCUGCCCGCCAAAAAUAUGCACUUGUCAUAA